UACGGCAAGUAGGGUUUAGCCGUUCAGCUUCUUGACCAGAAAACCCUGUUUCGCUGUUCUGAAGUCUGAUAGCUCUCAGUUGCACGUUGCCGAGUUGAGCAAAGCAUAGCAAUGGCUUUGCGUGGCGGAUCUCUUUCAAGGUCUCUAAUCGCCGCCGCCAGAACCUUCUCAAAUCAUUCGUCUCCGCCGUCUAUCUCUCGACUUCGCCGCCCUCCAUGUCCGCUUCGAUCAUACCUUCUCGACUCUCGCCGCCCCCUCAUUGCAGUUCCUAGGACUUUGGGGCUGUUGGGCUGCGCGCAGUCGCUCUUGCCUCUGCACAGUGCUAUUGCUGACGCUCAUCUUACUUCCCAUAUCUCUAUCAAAUCUCGUGCUUGUUGCGAGUUGUCUCAGGGUACUUGAACAGAUUUUACAAUUGUAUAGAGUUGCAUACAUUUUUACAGCUGGGGAAAAAAAAUUACGGCUGAUUCCAUGAAACGGGUAGCUUGUCGGUUCUUUCUAAUCAUUUGGUUCAUUGCUCUUUCUUCUUCCUGAUAUAAUUGGAGGUUUUAGGCACAGUGCAUUUAAGAAAUAUUGAGUAUAUGUAUUCUUCUGCAGAAAAAUCUGUCAAAUCUGGUUGAAGGGCAUAGACUUGUUUCUCUUUGUAUGAAAAAUUAUGCCCAAAAAAACAAAAUUGGAAGCAUAGAUACUUGUACGUCAAGAAUAAGAUGCUUGUCAUGAAUCUAAAUUAGUGGCUGACUCACC